AUGGUGGAGGAGAAAUACAAAACCCUAGAGGUAGUAGAGAAGAACCCCAAAUCAGGGGUGUUCCACCUUUAUUUGAAUCGUCCGAGACAACGCAACGCUCUGACGCAUGAUUUCUGCACUGAGUUUCCCAAAGCCCUGUAUGCCCUGGACCACAACCGUGACGUCAACGUCAUCGUGUUAUCCGGCGCCGGUGAUCACUUCUGCUCCGGCAUCGACAUUUUCCAGUUGAAAUCUAUCACACAGUCCUACCACGAUGCCGGAGAGAGUCUCCGUCGGCAGAUCCUGGCGAUGCAAGAUUCUAUCACGGCGUUGGAGCGGUGCCGGAAGCCAGUGAUUACUAGUACCCAUGGCGCUUGCAUCGGUGGUGCAAUUGACAUCGUGACAGCCUGUGACUUAAGGUAUUGCAUGGAGGAAGCAUUCUUUUCGGUGAAGGAGGUUGAUGGCCAUGGCACCCACACCGUUUCCAUCGUGAUUGAGAGAGAGAGAGAGAGGAGGGGGGAGGAGAUGAUAGUGGUCGUGGUAGAGAGAGGGGUAGUUUAG